AAAUUAAAUAAUUCGUCAUCACAAAGCAAUAAGUAACAAAAUUUUUGCUCCAGGAGAAAAGAAAUUAAAGAAAAACCACAAAAAAGUGUCUGAAGUUGAUUUUGUUUUAUUAAAUUUGUUCUUAUAUCAUCUAAUUUAUUGUUAUUAAUUUAUAUUUGUUCAAUAUUAAUUAAAAGAUCUUAAAAAGAAAAAAGUUAAAACAAUGUCGAAGUUAUUGGGCGUCCCCCUUAAAAAGCCAUCUGAAGUAGAUAUUGUAAAACCCCUUACAAAUCUCAUCCAAAGCACAUACAGUGGCCCAGGCUCAGACAAAGUAAACUACUCCGAGGCCGUCACCGAAUUCUCAAAGCAAAGAAACACUGCUAUUUGGAAAUUCUUCGACAAAUACGAAGCAUCAUUGGAGACAGUCUAUGCGUACUACGAUCAAAUAUGCGCAUUGGAAGCAAAGAUUCCGGUUAAUGAACUUCAGGUACCAUUCAAAUGGAAAGACGCUUUUGACAAGGGUUCAAUUUUUGGAGGAAAAAUCAGUUUGACCCUUACGUCUCUCUUGUAUGAGAAAGUAUGCGUUUUGUUUAAUAUAGCAGCUUUGCAGAGCAGUAUCGCCGCAUCACAAGCCCUUGACAAUGACGAUGGUCUUAAAUUGGCGCUUAAAUUAUUCCAACAAAGCGCUGGAAUCUAUCAGUUUCUUAAAGGCGCUGUUCCAGCUGCCAUCCCUUCGGAACCAACACCUGAUCUAAGUCAAGAUACUUUAGCUGUUUUGAGUAGUUUGAUGUUGGCUCAGGCUCAAGAAGUUUUUGUUAAUAAAGCAAUUAAAGAUGAAAUGAAAGAUCAAAUCAUCGCAAAGUUGUGUUGCCAAUGUGAAGAGUUCUAUGCUGAUGUUUUGCGUCUAAUGCAAAAAGAAUCGUUGCGCAAUCUUUGGGACAAAGAAUGGGUGCCAUUGAUAGCGGGAAAGCAGGCUGGUUUCCACGCCAUGACAAAUCUCUACCAGAGUUUGGUGUGUCGUUCAGCUAAGCGAAUUGGUGAGGAAAUUGCCCGUUUGCGCAAUGCUGUUGAUCUUUUCAAUUCAGCCCAAUCACGUUCUGGUAAUCCACAUUUCCUCGAUGAAUACGCAAACCGCGCCAAGCGCAAUCUAGCCGAAUCAACAAAGGACAAUGAAUUCAUCUACAAUGAGAUGAUUCCUGAUGUUAAAACUCUUGCCUCCCCGGGCAAGGCUCAACUGGCCAAGAUGCUGCCAGUGGCAUCGCCAAUGUCACCCAAAUUCAAAGACAUUUUCGUUGAGUUGGUACCAGUUGAACUUCAUCGUGCUCUUCAUGCAUCCGAAGCACGAAAGAAUGAGAUUGUCAAUGCCGAAAUAAUGAAAUUGCGUGAAGCAACAACUCUCUUGAAUGGUGUUCUGUCAAGUUUGAAUUUACCAGCGGCUGUGGAAACAGCUGAUUCGGGUUCCGGUUUACCGCCAUCGCUGCUGGAAAAAUCAAGUGAUCUUCAAGCCAAGGGUGGCAUUGUUAGUUUGAAUACGUACUUGCGAGAGUUGCCCGAAUUAUUGACGAGAAACCGGGAAAUACUUGACGCUACCGAGAAUAUGCUCGACGAGGAACGUGAUUCGGACAACCAGUUGCGUGCUCAAUUCAAGGAACGUUGGUCGAGAAUUUCAUCGGAAAAACUAACCGAAAUGUUUAGGACAAAUGCCAAGAAGUAUCGUGAAGUCAUAAACAAUGCUGUAGAGGCAGACAAAAUAGUUCGUCAAAAGUUUGAAAAGAAUUCAAAGGGAAUUCAAUUGCUGUCGUUGCCGGCCGACCAGUUAAAUAAUUCCAUACCAUCUUCUGGCGGGAGUGUUGAUCAGAAUUGCUCAAGCGUGCAAAAAUUAAAAGCUCUAAUGGAAGCUGUUGAAACAAUAAAAGCCGAACGUGACGCCAUAGAAUCAGAACUCAAGUCAGCAACAGUGAAUAUGAAAGAUCAAUUUCUACAAGCCCUUGCUCAAGAUGGUGCCAUUGAUGAGCCUGCAUUGUCGGUCUCAUGCAUUGGCCAAGUCCUCGGCCCAUUGCAAUCUCAAGUUCAGGAGAGCAUUCAACGUCAGACAACCUUAGUUAGUGACAUUCAGGAGGCGCACUCUGCCUUCACUGCCGAAAAUGGCAACACCGGCAAUUCUCGUGAUGCACUCUUCUCCGAGUUGGCUUUGGCUUAUGAUAGCUUCAACGAUUUACUAAGCAAUCUCAAGGAAGGCACAAAGUUCUACAAUGAUCUAACUCAGCUGCUGGUAGUUUUCCAAAAUAAAAUCUCAGAUUUUUGUUUCGCUCGCAAGACCGAAAAAGAAGAACUAUUAAAGGAUCUAACUACGGAAUCCAGCAGGCAAGCACCACCCCCAACACCUCAGAUGCCAUCACAUUAUGCAUCUACAAACACAACUGAUUCUGCUGGUGGUUCAGCUCCGUCCUUGGGGGCAUCUACUGGAAGCAUUCCAUACCCACAGCAAACGCAGGGUAUGCCGAUGCCAUAUGGAGGAACAGCUGGUGUCCCAUAUCCAGCAUAUGUUCCACCUCCAAUGCCACAAGGUUUCAAUCCGUACGCGACUCUUCCGUAUCCAACAAAUGCAUACCAGUACUCUGGAUUUCCUCAAGGCCCACAGCCUGGUCACUAUGGAACAUACCCAGGUAGUUAUGCUAACCAACAGGGAGGAUAUCCAAACCAAAAACCACCAGGCUGGUGAUUGCCUCUAAUGCUCGGUGUUGGCUGAUUUGUACCGUGUUUUUAUAUUUCUAUAAUUAGUAUCUAAAACAAUUUAUUAAUAAUUAUUAUGUAUCCCAAUUUUGAAUUCAGUUUAGAGCCCAAAUUAUUAUGAAAAUUGUGAAAGGAACAAACUAAAUGUUUGGCACGUUUAUUGGUUUUUAAAAGAUUAUUCAGGAAAAAGCAUGCAACGCAACUAUUUAUCACUGUUAACAAAAGAAAAAGUAUUUAAUAAAGUGCUGAAAAGCAAUAAAACUAUGUCUAAAAACAAAUAAAAA